AUGAAUCCUGAUGAGAGCCAUCGGUGCUUCGAAGAGAAGAGCCUGAAAAAAGCGGCUGAUCACUUAGAUGAGGCAAGACCGAGCCCUGAUCGUCAACUUAAUCCGACCACCCUUGACGGGGGAGAACCAGUGUCGGGCCUGAAUAAAGCGACAGACCUCUCGGGAAAGGCGAGGCCGAGCCCUGGUUAUCGACUUAAUCCGACCACCCUUGAUAAGGGAGGACCAGUGGCGGGCCUGAUUAAAGCGACAGAUCUUUCGGGAGACGCAAGGCCGAGCCCUGGUCAUCGACUUAAUUCGACCACCCUUGACAGGGGAGAACCGGCUGAAGAGGUAGAAUCUGUCCCUCUGACAGCCGAAGAUCGACGGGUCAACAUCGGAACCAAGUUGGGGAGUGAGGAAAGAGAAAGCCUUAUAAACUUCCUCAGAAGCAACGCUGAUGUGUUCACAUGGUCACCGGAGGACAUGCCGGGAAUCGACCGAGGAGUUAUGGUACAUCGACUCAACGUCGACGAGAGCUGUAAGCCAGUGAAACAGAAGCGUCGUGCGUUCAACCAAGAAAGGAACGAGAUUGUAGCUGAACAGGUGGAUGAGCUACUGGAAACAGGCUUCAUUCGGGAACCAACUAAUCUCGAUGAAGGCGCUCCACUACUGGCUUUUGCUUUUUCUUCGGUGACUCUCAACGAGAUUGGAAGAGCAAGAAAGAGACAGUGGUUGCUCGCUCUAGUGCAGAAGCCGAAUAUGGGAGUCACUUUUUCUGGGCCUACUAUUCUCAUUUGUGACAACAAGAGUGCCCAGUGGAUAUCCAACGUGGUGCUGGUAAAGAAGCCAAACGGCAAAUGGAGAAUGUGCAUCGACUUCACGAAUCUAAAUAAGGCCUGUCCAAAGGAUUCUUUUCCUUUGCCUCGAAUAGAUCAACUGGUUGAUGCCACUGCAGGACAUGAAAGAUUGAGUUUCAUGGAUGCCUACUCUGGAUAUAAUCAAAUCAAGAUGCAUGUACCGGAUCAGGAGAAAACUUCUUUUGUCACGAGUCGAGGCUUGUAUUGCUACACCGUGAUGCCGUUUGGAUUAAAGAAUGCAGGUGCAACCUACCAACGAAUGGUGAAUCGGAUGUUUGCAGCCUUAAUUGGCAAAAAUAUGGAAGUCUACAUAGACGACAUGCUGGUAAAGAGUCGAAAGAACGAGCGACACGAGGAGGAUUUGGCAGAAGCGUUCGACAUCUUGCGAAAGUACAAGAUGAAGUUGAAUCCCACCAAAUGCACGUUUGGAGUGACCUCAGCCAAUCCAGAUAAGAUCAAAGCUGUUCUGGAGAUGGAUCCACCUAAAACUCUAAAGCAGCUGCAAGGACUCAAUGGAAGGAUAGCAGCACUCAACAGAUUCGUGAGCCGUUCCACUGACAAGUGCCUACCAUUCUUCAAAAUCUUAAGGAAGAAAGGACAAUUUGAAUGGACGGAAGAGUGCGAGGCUGCCUUUAAGGAGCUGAAACAGUACCUAGGGGCAGCUCCACUYCUCGCAAAGCYGAUCGUGGGUGAYGAGYUCUACUUAUACUUAGYUGUAUCCARCACUGCGGUGAGUUCCGCGUUAAUAAAGGAAGAAGAUGGACGACAAUCCCCAAUUUACUACACAAGCAAAGCAAUGGUAGAUGCAGAACUUAGAUACCCACCAAUGGAGAAGCUGGCAUUGGCACUGGUCACUUCAGCUCGGAGACUACGCCCGUAUUUCCAAGCUCACAAAAUAAUGGUCCUCACCAACUUUCCCUUACGACAGAUCUUACAAAAGCCAGACACUUCUGGACGACUGGUAAAGUGGGCUGUAGAGCUCAGCGAGUACGACAUUCACUAUAAGCCAAGAACUGCCAUGAAAGGGCAGGUUGUGGCAGACUUCAUAGCGGAAUUAACACCAACAGAGCCUCAAGUAUAUAGUAUCGAACCACAAGUGGUUGAGGAAGAACAACUCUGGACACUCUACGUAGAUGGGUCCUCAAAUUUUCGGGGAUGCGGGGCAGGACUCCUACUAAUCUCUCCAGAUAAAGAAAGAUUCGAAUAUGUGCUGCGAUUCAACUUUCAUGCAUCCAACAACAAAGCCGAGUACGAAGCUCUACUAGCAGGACUAAAAGUGGCCAGGUACGUUGGGGUCAGGAACAUACUAAUACUUAGUGAUUCACAGCUGAUUGUGGGUCAGGUGAAAGAGGAGUUCCAGGCUAGAGAACCGCGAAUGGCGAAAUACCUUUCACAGGUAAGAAACCAGCUCGACCAGUUCUCAAAAUAUGARAUUCRACAAAUUCCACGUGCUCAAAACGUCRACGCCGAUGCGUUAGCUCGACUAGCUGCGRCUUAUGAAACCGACUUAGGCAGAACUGUACCGGUCGAGAUUCUACCCGAGCCAAGCAUAGAAGCUCAGGAAGCCAUGGAUAUCGACAAUCAAGGGCAACYAGAAGAAAACURGAAGAGCCCUUUGAUCAAAUAUUUGAAAGAUGGGAUCCUGCCUACUGAAAAGAUAGAGGCCCARCAGYUACAACGACGAGCGGCCAGAUAUGUGCUUAAAGAYGACAAUCUGUACAAAAGAGGCUACUCGUUGCCGCUUUUAAAAUGUCUAACGCCCGAUGAAGCCGACUACGUCAUGAGAGAGAUACAUGARGGUUGGGGAAUAGAUCUUAUAGGGCCUCUCCCACUAGGAAAGGGCCAGACCAAAUUUGCAGUAGUGGCAGUCGACUAUUUUACUAAGUGGGCCGAAGCCAAAGCCCUAGCGACAAUUACAGAGAAAAAGGUCACCGACUUCAUCUGGAAGAACAUAAUUUGCCGCUUCGGAAUACCCUACGCCAUUAUCAGUGAUAAUGGGAAGCAGUUCGACAAUGCUGCCUUUCGAGAAUUUUGCAGGGAGUUGGGCAUUAAGCACAUCUGUUCCUCRCCAGCACAUCCGCAKGCUAAUGGGCAGGUUGAAGCAGUCAACAAAAUUAUCAAAAGAACUCUGAAGACCAGAUUAGAAAAGCUCAAAGGGUUGUGGGCAGAGGAACUUCYCAACGCAUUAURGGYAUACAGAACGACACCUUGUACUUCGACAGGAGAAACGCYAUUUUCAUUAUCAUUUGGCUCUGAGGCGGUAGUGCCAGUCGAGAUCGGACUCCCCUCYCYAAGGGUAGAGCAGUUCACYCUACUUGACAACRACRAAUCCGUAAAGCUCAACCUCGACCUAUUAGAAGAACAUCGAGAAACAGCAUGA